GCGGCAAAGACUGUGUGCGACAGAGGCUUAGGUCGUGCUUUUGAAUCGUCAAUACGAAGCGGUGUGACAAUCGCGCUCUAUCGAUCCAAUGCUCAUCAAGUAGAUUUUCAUGAUUCUUUUUAAACCUCUUCUUGCUAAAUGACCUCGCUCGCGCCCGACCAUUUCCCGUUGAACUUUGGUGUCAAUUUUCGCCUGCAAAGUGACAUUUCGGAGAUCCCAACAAUGGAGAUGCCGGGAAAUUCGUCGAGCGCACCGCUGCCACACGGCGUCUUCGGCGUCGUCGGCGACGUCGGCGAGAACGGCUCCACGGGGCCGAACGUCACCGAGGUCUUUGGCGACGAGGACGCGGAGCCAAUCGUGGGCCCUCGCUGGCAGGCGGUCAUCAUCGCACUCUACGGCCUCGCCACGGUGCUGGCGCUCUCCGGCAACGCCGUGGUCGUCUGGGUGCUGGCGCUGGGUCGCCGGGCGCGCACCGACAUCUCGGCCUUCCUCAUCAACCUGGCGCUGGCCGACCUCACGAUGGCCCUCUUCUGCCUGCCCUUCACCUUCACCGAGGUGCUGCUGCAGAGUUGGCUCUUCGGCGCCCUGCUGUGCCCCCUCGUGAGAUUUGCGCAGACCCUCUCCGUGUCCGUGAGCAUCUACACGCUCACGACGAUCGGCAUCGACCGCUACUACGCGGUGUGUCACCCGCUACACUCGCGCAUGACCAAGUCCAGGGGAAAGGUGUUCAUAGCCCUCAUCUGGGCCGUGUCCAUCAGCAUCUCGUCGGUGCAACUGGGCAUCUCUCGGCUGGGCAAGGGGAAAUGCCUAGAGGUGGGCUGGCCCAGCCGCGGAUACCAGCAAAGCUACACGGUGGCGCUGCUGCUCGGCACGUAUCUGCUGCCCCUCCUGGUGCUCACCCUCGCCUACUCCAGCGUGGCCGUGCGGCUGUGGGGCCGGCGGACACCCUGGCAACGUCGACCACAACCGCGAGCUCCACCAGGAGCGCUCCAAGCGGAAGGUGGAGUGUGGGGCUCGGCUAAUAGGGGGGAGGAAUUGUUGAAAUCUAAAUCCGUUAAUCGCGUGAGAGCUGAACAAGAACAGAUCGUGCACGGCCAUGCACGCCGCCGGGAGACUUUGCCUUUGCGUGCGCUGCAGGUGAUCAAGAUGCUGAGCAUCAUUGUGCUCAUGUUCGCCGUGUGCUGGCUGCCGCUCAACGUGUUCCAAGCGCUGCUCGAGUUCGGGCCCUCGCUGCUGCCUCACCACCCCGGCUCUGCCACGGCCCUCUACUUCUGCUCACACUUCCUCGCCAUGUCGCACAGCGUGUGGAACCCCCUGGUCUACGGCUUCUACAACGACAGCUUCAGGGCCGACCUGCGCCAACUGUGCUCGCGCCUCUGCUCCGGCGUGCCCUGCCUCGACUGCCCGUGCGAGCGGAGCGACGCGGCCGACGGGGACAAGAGCAAGGCGAAGAAGCAGAAGAGCUCCAGCAUGAGCAUGCGCUCCAGCUUGCAGGGGAGGAAGACCCUGCCCCUGGGCAGUUCUGUGCGUACCUACCUCACGGUGGACACGGUCCCCCAGCAAGCGGCUGGGAACCACCACAAUCAGCACGCAGCGCCACCUGCCAGAAGCGUAACUGGUUCGUCUUUGGAAACCUACACAUAAAGUGAGCUUUUUUAAAAAAUCAGAGAACAAAUGGAGGACUUCGUAUGGAGGCAUAUCAUUGUCACCGAUCACGAACAUGGGAAAAUUAAUAGAAAUCUUGAGCCGGGAGGAAAAUUAUUGUUUGUAUGUUUGUUGUGCUUUCUUCUUCUUCUUCUUCUAAUCAGUGGAUCUCCGCGUUCAGAAAAUGUCUAUGGCUGUGCUAGAAAUAAAGACAACCUUCACAUUGUAUAACAAGGCACGGAGGUUCAGUAAAUGCUUCUGUAUUGGACAGCAGCUACACUGUGUCACCGUAGGUAUCCCGUACGUAUUGUAUCCUGAACGAAUUGUACCGUUAACAUUGAGAUGACUGCUAUUCAUUCCGUAGCAAGGCCGGUCUGUUUUGUACAAUUUACAACCGCGUUAUUUCAUUUUUGCCCCGACUGGAGUUCAAAUUCACAUCUGCGCCGCGGCUACUUUGAAAUCGCGUGGCCUUUUUUGUGGCGAGAGACGCCGAGGUUACAGCGAAAGAUCAACGAGAUUUAAUGCAACGGUCUUUAUUUAUACGAAUGAAAACUAAAGUGAAAAUCUCUACGCAUCACACGGGUGGGAAAACGGUCCUCCUGGGGAUCUGUAAGAGACGGGACCAACUGCAAAAUAUCUCACCCCCAUAUGCUUGAGCAAUGUCGUCGCAGAAUUAACCGCAAGUGUUCUUGCACGAAGAGCACGCUCGACACGUCUGGCUGUCACAAGGCGUGCAAUGGCAAAGCUGCACAAGAAAGUAUCAUGUCAUUCGCUCUGUGGGUGUACAGGCAGGGGAAGUAGGGUUGCUAGCCGUUUGAAAAGAAACGCGGUCUGUAAAUAAUGGAACACCCCAUGUGACGUGUCGUGUUUCAAUGCAAGCCAACUCAUUUAUAGAUACGCCACUUGAAUACUGCCAAAAGGGAGAAGUGAUACAUUUAUUUUAAAGCUCAUUCCUGUAUCUCACUAAUUGCGAUGCCCUUUGUUAGUACUGCUUUGUAAGACGCGGAGACAUCCCUUUCACAAUAUUCAAUCGCCUGUUGUGAAGCAAGUCAGGCGGUUAUUGUAAAUCAGUGGGCAUUUAUAAAAAUUUACCACCCUGUUGCUUGUGUGCUAUUAUUAAAUUUAGGCAUAUGAAGACCGAUUAUCAUAAGUACUCUGUUAACUUUAGUCAGAUAAUACAAGACGUAGAUGCCAGUAGGAAUUUAUUUAUUUCGACAGACAACCUUGAUGAUAGAUAUCAUUGGCAUUCCAAUCAUCAUCAUCGUCCACUAAGCGAGAGUUGAGCCAUAGCUGCCUUAUGGCGCAGCAGAGAGCAGUGAUUAAAAACAAGGUGUUGUUGUACUCUAUUUAUAUGCUCCCCGACUUCCCGGCCUUCACCAACCCGCAGUGACAAGCCACGGUAUGCUAUGAGACCUCCUUUACCAGUGGAAAAAUAUAGUAGUAGGUUUUUACCCUUUAAACUGGUACAAAAUGACACCUUUAUACAAGGCAUCAUGUUUGCAAUAACCACAACACAAGCAGUUAAAAUGCAAACAAAAUAAAACAACUCUGAUAAUGAUAAUGAU